CAAAGCAGAAGCACUUAUCAUAGACAGGGCAAUUUUCCCUCUUCAAAUCUUGGGAUUCACCAGCUGCCAAAGUUUCUGUUUUUCCUAUCUGCUGAAUAAGGAUCUGGGACUCACAGAGGAUCUUGGUGCAAAAAAAAAAUGAUUUCCCUUAGCAAGAAAAGCUCAUGUUUUUCUCAGCUCUGUCUUGCGCUCUGUGCCUUUGGGCUGGCACUGCUUGGAGAUUUGUCCCAGGCUCUACCUAUGGAGGAUCAGGAUUAUUACUUGCAGGAGAUUAUUAACAGAGAUCAUUAUUAUUCUUUUCCGGAACCCACUGAGGAAUAUUCCCCUUUCACCGAGCAACCUGAAGAGGAAGAAUCAGUCCCUGCUGCAGAGACAGAGAAGCCCCCAAGGCUCAGACCAGGCAGGAAAGAGUUAAAACUGAAGAAAGCCAACAAAAAAGAAAAAUCCAUUCUUGAAACUCCACCAGCCAAAAAUGGUAUCAAGAAACGUGAGAAAAACAAGAAAGGGAAUGAAAAGAUGCCAGAUGGUGACUCUGAAAGUCGAAGUGCCUAUGAAGACAUCAGAGAAAGCUGUCCGCCUCUUGGUCUGGAGACAUUAAAAAUUACUGACUUCCAGCUCCAUGCUUCUACAGUAAAGCGAUAUGGCCUUGGGGCCCACAGAGGAAGGCUUAAUAUUCAGGCAGGUGUUAACGAAAAUGAUUUUUAUGAUGGUGCUUGGUGUGCAGGACGAAAUGACCCAUAUCAAUGGAUUGAAGUAGAUGCUCGGAGGCUAACAAAGUUCACUGGAGUUAUCACACAAGGGAGAAACUCUCUCUGGUUGAGCGAUUGGGUGACAUCUUAUAGGGUAAUGGUGAGCAAUGACAGUCACACCUGGAUCACUGUCAAAAAUGGAUCUGGUGAUAUGAUUUUUGAAGGAAACAGUGAGAAAGAGGUCCCAGUGCUCAAUGUGCUACCAGUGCCCCUUGUUGCACGAUAUAUCCGUAUAAACCCUCGAUCAUGGUAUGGAGAAGGGAGCAUAUGCAUGAGAAUGGAAAUCUUAGGCUGCCCUCUUCCAGAUCCAAAUAACUAUUAUCACAGAAGAAAUGAAAUGACAACCACAGAUAAUCUUGACUUUAAACACCAUAACUACAAAGAAAUGAGACAGUUGAUGAAAACUGUGAAUGAAAUGUGUCCGAACAUCACAAGAAUUUACAACAUUGGAAAAAGCCACCAAGGACUAAAACUGUAUGCUGCUGAAAUCUCUGACAACCCAGGAGAACAUGAAGUUGGUGAGCCGGAAUUUCGGUAUAUUGCAGGAGCUCAUGGAAAUGAAGUGCUUGGACGUGAGCUAAUUCUUCUGUUAAUGCAGUUUAUGUGCCAGGAAUAUUUGGCUGGGAACCCACGCAUUGUACAUAUCAUUGAGAAUACCAGAAUUCAUCUCCUCCCUUCAGUCAAUCCAGAUGGAUAUGAAAAGGCUUAUGAAGUGGGUUCAGAAUUAGGAGGCUGGUCUUUAGGACGAUGGACUCAAGAUGGUAUUGAUAUCAACAAUAAUUUCCCUGAUUUAAACACCUUGGUGUGGGAAGCUGAAGAUCGAAAGAAGGCUUCAAGGAAGGUCCCAAAUCAUUAUAUUCCAAUUCCAGAAUGGUACCUGUCGGAAAAUGCUACAGUAGCUGUUGAGACAAGGGCAAUAAUAGCAUGGAUGGAAAAAAUCCCAUUUGUUCUGGGUGGCAAUUUACAAGGAGGAGAACUGGUGGUUGCAUACCCUUAUGACAUGGUCCGUUCUAUACGGAAAACUCAGGAGCACACACCUACCCCUGAUGACCAUGUCUUUAGGUGGUUAGCAUAUUCAUAUGCCUCCACUCACCGAAUGAUGACAGAUGCCCGAAGGAGAGUAUGUCACACAGAGGAUUUCCAGAAGGAAGAUGGGACUGUUAAUGGGGCCUCAUGGCAUACAGUUGCAGGAAGUAUAAAUGACUUUAGUUACCUGCACACAAACUGCUUUGAGUUAUCAAUCUAUGUGGGCUGUGAUAAGUAUCCUCAUGAAAGUGAAUUACCUGAAGAAUGGGAAAACAACCGUGAAUCCCUGAUUGUUUUUAUGGAACAGGUUCAUCGGGGCAUCAAAGGGCUUGUAAGAGAUUCACAUGGGAAAGGAAUUCCAAAUGCCAUUAUUUCAGUGGAAGGUGUUAACCAUGACAUUCGCACAG